AUCUUAUGCUUUUAUUGUCUAUAGGUUCAAUUCCUUUAACCGAAUCAGUAUGGUAAUAAAGUUAGGAGUUUUGUGUUUAAGUCUGGUCCUUGUUCAAUGUGUGUGGGGUCAACCUGGUGUGAAUAUGCACGGAGGACAAAAUGUAAAUUCAAACAUUGUUAAUAAACAUGCUAAUGUUCCGGUAGCUCGACAUGGGAACGAUGCUGAUGUUUCAAUUGAUGGAGAUCAACAUAAUAUAGUUGCUCAGCCUAUCGAUAAUAAUCCCCCACAGGUCGCAGAUGGUCAUCGAACUGGGUUAUCUCGAAAACCUGCUCCUCCUGGUAUUAAAAAAGGAUUAAGAAAACACAGUGAUUCAAUCGCUGACUCGGUAGAAUGUUCCAAUGAUGUUGAGAUGUAUUGUGGAUCAACGUUGACUUCCAGAGACAAUCUAGCAGUUCUGACUUGCCUCAACAAUCGACAGGAUGAUGAUCUAUCAGACGAGUGUCACCAUUACUUAUGGACCUACAAGCUCAACAUCACAAAAAAUCCUAAAUUUGACUCGAUUGCGAGGCAGACCUGCAAAAGUGCUUUACAAACGCAUACUGAUUGUGACAAUGCGGAGCCUGGCAGUGGAAAACUUGUGUCCUGUUUACUUGAAUAUAAAGAUAUAAUAAAAGCUCACUCAUGUGUCAACUUUCUCAACAAAAUCGCAGGAAUUGUGUUUAGUGAUUACAGAUUGAUCUGCAAUUUCAUGGAGGAUUGUCAUAAGGACAUUAUGGAAAAUCAUUGUGGUCGUGUGGAUAGUAGCGCGCGUGGAGAUGCUGACAUGCCACAUUCUCAAGGCCAAGUUGUUGAAUGCUUGGAAGAAAAGUUGGGCGAGAACAAACUUAAACCAGAAUGCUUGCAGCAGAUUAAAAGACUCGGAGAAUUAUCGGCUGAUGAUUAUAACCUGGAUAGGAACCUUUAUUUAAACUGCAGAGAUGAUCGGGAACGCCUUUGCCCUGAUGUACUGCAUGGCGAUGGUCGUGUCUACAAAUGUCUGUUUAAUCAUAAAUUUGAUGAAGGAAUGUCCACAACAUGUAGGGAUGCUCUCACUGUUCGUCAGAAACUUGUUGCAAAAGAUUAUAAGUCAAGCUACCAGAUUCAAACCCAGUGCAAGUCUGAAAUAUCAAACAACUUUUGCUUUGUAUCUCACAACUCCAACGAUCACAGUGAUUUAGUCGGCUCGUCUGGAAUUCUCUUGUGUUUGGAAAACGCUCGCUCUAAUCCGGGAAAUGGAGGUAAAAUCUCAGCGGUGUGCAACAACGCCCUGGAUGAUUUCCGAGCUAUGCUUAUGUCAGAUUACAACUUAUCACCCGAAAUCACCCACAACUGCGCCACUGAAAUACAGGCCAACUGCUCAGGCACAGUGGAAAAGGAGGGUGCUACCAUACAUUGCCUAAUGUCACAUUUAAGGGAAGAAUCCGAGGUCACUUCAUGUGAAAAAGCUUUGUUGGACUUGCUGAAAGAGACAGAUGUUGCCGGUAAAUACAAGAUGGACGUGGCUCUUGCUACUGACUGCAAUGGUGUCAUUCAAUCUGUUUGUAGUAAAUAUGCAGAUGGAGAUCCCAUGGUGUUGUCAUGUCUCAUGGAAAAUCUAUACUCUGCACAAAUGGAAGUAGCUUGCCAGGAUAGACUGCUGGAGCUUCAGUAUUUCAUCAGCAGAGACUUCAAUUCGGACCCUAGUUUCCACAAAGCUUGUAAAGCUGAGUCAAAAGUUCUUUGCAACCAUGACUUUGCUGCAGGGGCUGGGAAUGGACAGAGUGAAAACAUAGAUGCGGACGCUAUGCCUCUAAGUCUCGUAAUUUCAUGUUUGUAUCGACAUAUACAACUCCCUGGUGAAGACAGAAGCGAUAUUGAAGGUAGUAUCUUGUCUGCUGGGUGCACACGUGAAGUACAUCGUAUGUUAAAGCAAAGAGCACUUGAUUUCAACCUAAACCCUGACUUAGAGCAUACAUGUAGAACAGCUUUGGGACAAUAUUGCUCUAAUGAGAUGCCAGAACCAGGAAUGGAAUUGGUUUGUUUGCAAGACAACCUUGAAAACAUCACGGAAACGAACAUAGAAUGCGCUAACAUGAUAACGGAUCUUACCGUGAUGGAAUCAAAAGAUUCUGACCUUGAGAAUGUUCUGAUCUCAGCAUGUGAACCCAUGCUACAACAACACUGUAAGGAUUUCCUGGAUUCAGGAGAUGAAGGGGAAAUCAUGGAAUGUCUCAUCAGGAACAAAGAUCAGAUGGACAAUGCAUUAUGUGCAGCAGGUGUCAAUCAUUUUCAGCUGAUUGAGAUGAAAGAUUACCAUUUUAGUCCAAAAUUCAUGAAAGCAUGCAAGGAUGAUGUGAGACUACACUGCUCAGACAAGAAAACAAAAGCUGAUGUGGUGAAGUGCUUGAGUGAAGACGUCAGAAAUGCCGUUUUACAGAAACGUCAAUCAAGAAUAUCAAAGAAAUGCCAAGGACAGCUAACUGUGGAAAAUUUACAAUUGCACGAAAAGAUUGACUUUCUUCCUGGCUUACAUAAAGCAUGCCAGGCAGAUUACCGAACACUAUGUUCUAAUGUGGAACCUGGUAAAGCAAUGGUCAUCGAAUGUCUCAGGAAUAAUAAAGAUAAAGUUUCUCAUGAAUGUAGAAAGGAACUGUUUGAAGUUGAGGAAGAAGAAAGUUUGGAUCCGAAAAUAGAUUUCUCCCUAAUGAGGACAUGCAAAUCUGACAUCAAGGAAUUCUGCUUCACUCAUCUGGAAGAUGGAAGACCUCACGAGAUCCUGGAUUGUCUCAUCCACAACAAGAAGAAGCUCCAAUCACAGUGUCGUAACCUUAUCAAAUCAAGGGAAGCUGACAUCCUCUCGGAUGUUGAUCUUGAUCCAGAUCUCAAGGAGAGCUGCAGUAAAGACAUCAAGGACUUCUGUGGGAAAGAGAGCCAGCAGGCUAAGCUUGAUCAUGAAAGAGGGGAAGAUCCUCAUGGAGUAAUCUACGCUUGCCUAAAAAAAGUCCACACAUCAGCAGAUCAUAAAAACAAGCUGUCACCAUCUUGCAACAACCACAUUACAUUUGUUGUGCGUGAAGAAGAACAAGACUAUAGAUUGGAUCCGAGGUUAAUGCUCGCCUGUGUUAAUGAGAUAAGGAAGCAUUGUGACACCGAGCAUGAGGAUAUUGUGGAAUGCUUGAAGAGAAAUUUUUACGACGAAAAAUUGUCAGCAAGUCCUACUUGUGUGGUGGAAGUAGCGCGCUUGCUGUUAGAGGGUCGAAGUGACAUCAUGGCUGACCCUGUACUUCAUGAAGCUUGUGCGAUUGAUCUCGAGGAACACUGUGACCAGAUACCUGAAGGGGAUGGAAGAAAAAUACAAUGCUUAACUCGGAUAUUAUCCAAACACAAGACCCAGCUUUCGCAAGGUUGCCGGGAGGAGUUACAAGUUCGACAGUCAAUGUGGGCACACGCUGCUAAGAAAAACAUUGACGGCUUCGCAGAGCUCUCGAUGAUGGUACUCGCAUCCGAGCAGUCCUCUUACCUGCUCUCAAUGCUGACGCUCCUCGUUGUGGCCAUCCUGAUCCUCGGGACAAUGUGUGGAAGAUGCACGAAGAGGGUAGCAAGGGAUCGGAAAACAAGGUGAUGAAGGCAUCACUUCCCUGCUUUCACAAACUAACAUGUGCACCACGUUCCACUAAUAUUCUCAACUGAAAAGAACCCAGCGACACAGCAGAGAUUUCAACCUUUCCUGGCCUACUCACAAAUCUAUUGUGAACAUAUCUAUCUUACUUUUCCCUGGAUUUAUUUUGACGUAACAAAUUGUAAAUUUAUAUGCUCAUUUUGAAGUUGUUGGCAGCAUUCGAUUUUUAAUGUUUAUCUCUGCAACAAACUUUGUUGGGUUGCGUGUUUUUGGAGUAAGUUUUUCAUAUGGAGUAUUUGUUUAACUAAUUUUUUUUAAACCAGCUUGUGAAAUUACUAUUUAUAUGAAGCAGUAUGUUAAAAGGUUUAUUUAAAACUAAUUUUAUUUUGAAACACAUUUUUGCCAUGCGAUAGUUAAGAGAUGAGAUAUGCCAUUCACACGUAUACACAUAUAAGUAACCAUGCCCCUGAUUUUGUAAAGUGAAAAUGGAAACAUAUUUCUAGUUCCUAUUAAACUGUUCAUUGUCUCCCCCAGAAACAAGAAUAUUUUAAUCCAGAUUUUUCUUUUUUUACUGAUAAAAUUAUUUCGGAAUAAGUGUUCUGUUUCCAUUAUUUGCCUUUUUUGUUAAAUGGGUUCUUUCUUUUCAAAUUCUUGUUAAAAUUCGGUUAAAAUUUCACUUGAACUAACAGUUAAUAUAAGUUACCAGUUGUGUUUAUUCAUUUCUUUUUUUGAACUAAGUAACUUUUUUAUUAGGUUUCAAAAUUCCUGUGUCUGUGUUAAACACAGCCUUACUAACACAUGUUAUGUAUUGUUUACCAGAUAUAAAUGAAACUACUUUGCAUUAGAAGUUAUAAACUCUAUCGAACUAGGCCCAGAGUUGCAUAAAGUAUUAAUGCAUUGUUUUUGUAAUUAUAUAUUUCCCUAUGAUAGCAUAUGUUCAUGCCAUUUUUACAUAAUGCCUUAACCCUGAAUUGUUAUAUUGAGAUUGAACAAUGCUGGUACGACGUGGUUUUGCAGUUGGUAGAUUUUCUAUCAGUCACAGACUGAAAAAUCGACAGUAACGUGUUGGUGUUUAAACAAUGCGUAUUGUAUAUUCAAGCGCAAGAAACUUGAAGCGUUGUACAGACACUAUUUCCAUUAGUUAAAUUAUCGUGAGUGUCAUCCAUGUAUAUAUUGCUACAUACAGUUGGUCCCGUCCAUGAAAACGUUGUAAUAAAAUACUUCAAACGG